AGACCUAAUUAGGGAACUUAGAAGACAAAUACGACGGAGGAAUUUUGAACUCGAGAGGUUUGAUUUCGAACCUUUUCAAUUUUGGGUUUCUAUUUUCUUCGAGAUUGAACUAGGUGUUGAUGGUGCUAAAAGUUUGGAUGCCAUGGAUGAUGAAGAUGUGGAAAUAGAUCUUUUAACAAGAAAUGGUAAUGUGGAUGUGUUUUGUGAGGCAAGUACAAGUGGGAACGUUGCUCAGUUUGCAACGGUUAGUGAGCUCAGAAAUGGGAUGGAGUUUGAGUCAAAGGAAGCUGCCUACUAUUUCUACAGAGAAUAUGCUCGAUCAGUCGGAUUUGGCAUCACAAUUAAAGCUAGCCGUCGUUCUAAAAGAUCGGGGAAGUUUAUUGAUGUCAAAAUAGCGUGUUCAAGAUUUGGAACCAAGCGCGAGAAAAGCGCAGCUAUUAAUCCACGUUCAUGUCCAAAGACGGGUUGCAAAGCUGGUUUGCAUAUGAAGAGAAAGGAAGACGAGAAGUGGGUUAUAUAUAAUUUCGUAAAAGAACAUAACCAUGAGAUAUGUCCAGAUGAUUUUUAUGUUAGCAUAAGGGGAAAGAACAAGCCUGUUGGUGUGCUAGCAAAUCAAAAGAAAGGUCUUCAAUUGGCUUUAGAAGAGGAAGACUUAAAGUUAUUGCUCGACCAUUUUAUGGACAUGCAGGAUAAGCAGCCUGGUUUUUUCUAUGCAGUUGAUUUCGACAGUGACAAACAUGUUAGAAAUGUGUUUUGGCUUGAUGCGAAGGCUAAGCAUGACUAUUGCAGCUUUUCUGAUGUUGUUCUGUUCGACACAUUUUAUGUUAGGAACGGAUACAGAAUCCCAUUUGCUCCUUUUAUUGGGGUCAGUCAUCACCGACAAUACGUGCUCCUUGGAUGUGCUUUGAUUGGAGAAGAGAGUGAGUCAACAUAUUCUUGGCUAUUUCGGACGUGGCUUAAAGCAGUUGGUGGUCAAGCUCCUGGAGUGAUGAUAACAGAUCAGGAUAAGCUUCUAGGUGACAUUGUUGUUAAAGUCUUUCCAGAUGCUCGACAUAUUUUUUGUCUGUGGAGUAUGCUGAGUAAAAUUCCUGAGAUGCUGAAUCCAUUUGUGAGUCAAGAUGAUGGUUUUAUGGAAAGUUUCAGAAAUUGCGUACACAGCUCUUGGACAGAUGAACAAUUUGAAAGGAGGUGGUCAAAUAUGAUUGGUAAAUUUGAACUUAACGAGAAUGAGUGGGUUCAGUUGUUGUUUAGAGAUCGUAAAAAAUGGGUGCCACAUUAUUUUCAUGGACUUUGUUUAGCUGGACUGUCUGGACCUGAAAGAUCUGGCAGUAUCGCCUCUCAAUUCGACAAGUAUAUGAACUCAAAGGCUACGUUCAAGGACUUCUUUGAACUCUACAUGAAGUUCCUGCAGUCUCGAUGUGAUGUGGAAGCGAAGGAUGAUCUUGAAUCUCAGAGAAAACAGCCUACACUGAGGUCUUCUUUGGCUUUCGAGAAACAACUGUCCUUGAUCUACACGGACGCUGCUUUUAAGAAGUUCCAUGCUGAGGUACCGGGAGUUGUUUCUUGUCAACUUCAUAAAGAAAGAGAAGAUGGGACAACAGCAAUAUUCCGCAUUGAAGAUUUCGAGGAACGGCAAAAUUUCUUCGUUGCUUUGAACAUAGAGUUGUUGGAUGCCUGUUGCUCUUGUCAUUUAUUUGAGUACCAGGGAUUCCUAUGCAAACAUGUGAUACUCGUACUUCAAAGCGCUGAUGUUUCCUGCAUUCCAUCUCAGUAUAUAUUGAAGCGCUGGUCAAAGAAAGGUAACAACAAAGAAGACAAAAACGAUAAAUGUGCCACUAUACAUAAUCGACUGGCACGUUUUGAUGAUCUAUGUAGGCGCUUUGUCAAGCUGGGAGUAGUUGCAUCUUUAUCAGAUGAAGCCUACAAGACUGCUUUAAAUUUGUUGAAGGAAACCAUGAAGCAUUGUGCUAGUAUGGAUAAUUCUCCCAAGUUUCCUUCAGAGCCAGACAAGUUAAUGACAGGUGGAUCUAUUGGCUUAGGAAAUGAAGGUAUGUUGGACUGUGCAUCAAAAUUGUCCAAGAAAAAGAAAACUCAGAAGAAAAGAAAGGUAGACUGUGGGCCAGAAGAUGCAACAAACAGGUCAGAAGAACUUCGCCAAGAAACCGAACAAGUAAGCUCCAGAGCUCCUCCGUUUGAGAAUUGUUACAUUCCUCAAGCAAAUAUGGAAGAUCCCGAACUAGGCUCCCGUGCAACAACUCUUGGGGCCUAUUAUUCAACACAACAAACUAUUCAAGGAUUAUCAUCGGUCUCUUCCAUCCAGGAUGGUUACUACGGACAUCCGCCAACCAUACACAUUAUGGGAAACUUGCAUUCAAUUCAUGGACGAAUGAGUCAAUAUGAGACACAACCAAGCAUCCAAGGAGCUUUUCAGGGACAAACGGGGUUCAGGGGAAGCGUGAUCCGUGGCUGCUAUGACAUCGAAGAAACUCUGCAUGACAUGACAAUGGAGUCCUCACAGUUUCAGGGAUCUGGUCCGAGCCAUCCGAGUGAUCACCGCUAAUCCAAUUAACAGAACAAGCUCAAGAGUUGCUAAUUUUUUCAUUUCUUUAAAAUAAUGGAAUGUUUUAUGUACAGAAAUAGGAAAGGUCUAAAGUGUGGAAUUGGCUUUGAGGUAAACUCUGAUUGGAUUUGAUUAUAUUUAUACCUGAAUCAUAAUAUAUGAUUUAAGUAUUC